GCUACAGGGACCCCCAAGAUGGAAACGCAGGGGCUGCCUGCCGCGGUGGAGGCGGCCCGGGCCGAGCACGGCACCCAACAACAUGGCGGCAGCGGCGCCGCGGCCGUUAGAGAGGGGGCUUCCUCCUCAGGGCCCGCCCGCCGAUCCCCUCAGCCGCGGGACUCGGGGGCAGGAGCGGCGGCGGCGGCGGGAGCGUGGGGCCUGGACGUGACAUUCCCGGUGCUGCUGCUCCUGGAGGGCAAGAAGCCGCCGGAACCGCCUCAGCAGCAGCAGCCGCCAUUGCCGCCUCCUCCCCCUCUUCCUCCGCCGCCCGCCCCUCAGCAGCCUCCGCAGGGACCUUCCGCGAGUAGCGCAUUCGCCCUGCCGCCCGCGGGCCCCGGGCAGCCGCACGACAGCGACGCUCUGCUGCUGGUGCUCAACUUGGUGCGGGGCGGAGCCUCCGGAAGCCCCUCGCAGGAACCCGCCAGCACCGCCGCCGCCACCACCACGACGACGCAGCCGCCGCCUCUGCGAGAGGAGAAGCCGGGCGACGGCGGGGGGGAAGGUGCACUCGAGGCUGAGGCUUCCGGGCCCGUGGCUGAGGGGAGCAGACAGGCGGCGGCGGAGGACGACGACCCCGGCGCCGCCGGCUCCUCGUUCUCGGGCACGCUCACCAUCAACAACCAGAGCCUGCUGGUGCGCUUCGAGAACGGGCUGCUCAGCCUCGGCGGGCCCGCGCAGCCGCCUCCGCCUCCCGCGCCGCUCCUUCCUCCUCAGGCGCAGCGCUCCUCAGGCGCUGCCGACGAGGCCUCGGGAGGAGGCCCGUCUCGGACUCCCGCGCCUUAUCCUUGCCCCGAGCCCCGCUGCGGAGAGGCCUUCUCCCGGAAGCAGCUGCUCCGACUACACCGCCUGUCCGCGCACGGAGGCGGCGGCGCUGCUGCUGUUACGGCGCAGGAUGGCGGAGGAGGAGGAGGAGCGGGAGAAGAAGCGGCGGCGGCGGGGGGUUCCGGGCGGGCGGCGCGGCCCUUCUGCUGCCCGGUCCCCGGCUGCUCUUGGGCCUUCGCCACGGCCUACAAGCUGCGGCGCCACCUGCACUCGCACGACAAGCUGCGGCCUUUCGCCUGCUCGGCGCCCGGUUGCUCGAAGCGCUUCACCACCAUCUACAACCUGCGGGCGCACGGCCGGGCCCACGAGCAGGAGGCGACGCACAAGUGCGAGGCGUGCGGGCAGCGCUUCCCCAGCGCCGCCCGCCUCGGCGCUCACCAGCGGAGGAGCCACCUGGAGCCUGACCGGCCUUACCGCUGCGAGUAUCCAGGUUGUGAGAGGACCUUCAUAACAGUGAGUGCAUUAUUUUCUCAUAAUCGGAUCCACUUCAGGGAACAAGAACUGUUCUCCUGCUCCUUCCCUGGCUGCAACAAGCAGUAUGACAAAGCCUGCCGACUGAAAAUCCACAUGAGAAGUCACACAGGUGAAAGACCUUUCAUCUGUGACUUUGAAGGUUGUGGCUGGUCUUUCACUAGCAUGUCCAAGCUAUUAAGGCACAAAAGGAAACAUGAAGAUGACAGAAGGUUUACAUGUUCUGUAGAAGGCUGUGGAAAAUCCUUCACAAGAGCCGAACACUUGAAAGGCCAUAGUAUAACUCAUCUUGGCACAAAGCCAUUUGAAUGUCCAGUAGAAGGUUGUUGUGCAAAGUUCUCGGCACGUAGUAGUCUGUAUAUUCACUCCAAAAAACACCUUCAGGAUGUGGACUCACUGAAGACACGUUGCCCUGUAUCCAGCUGUAAUAAAUUGUUCACUUCCAAGCAUAGUAUGAAAACACACAUGGUCAAGCAACACAAUUUUAGUGCAGAUCUCUUAAAUCAGAUGGAAACUAUCAGUUCCCUCACACCUAGCAGCGAACUUGCCAGUUCAGGACAAAGUGACCUCAGCAAUGUAGACCUUGUGUCCCUUUUUUCCAGUGUUUCUGGAAACACCUCUGGAAUUUCAACAGACAUGGCUCUGAUAAACUCUGGAAUUCUCACGAUAGAUGUUGCCUCUGUGGGCUCCACACUUGGAGGCAAUCUUUCUGUUGGUAGCAGUUCUCUUGGUCAGACAGUUGACCCACUGAUUUUAGUGGCUAGCAGUGACAUCCCACACAGCCUGGACAGCUCUCUUCUGCUGGGAACCACUGCCACAGUUUUACAGCAAAGCACUUUAAAUUUGGAUGAUGUACAGACUGUGAAUGCAGAAGCCUUAGGCUCCCUAGCAUCGUUGUCCACAAGGAGUUCCAGUCAAGACCUGCAUGGUUUGACUUCCAGUAAUAACCUGUCAGUAGACGCAGCCACUUUAACCCCUUCAAGCAGCCUUGGUGGAAACAAUGCAUCUGAAUUACUGGCUCCAAGUAAAGCAGAGCAAACUUUACUUUCUAGCCUGGAUGUUGUGGAACAGCAAGAAGGCAGUAAAGUGGUGACUCAGUUUGUGUUCUCCAACCCUCCAGGAAGUUACAGUGCACAGAAAGAAACUGAUCUGAGCACGGUGACUGGCAGCUCCUUUCUGGAGAGUGGUGGGUCUGCAAGAACAGAUUAUCGAGCCAUUCAGCUUGCCAAGAAAAGAAAACAGAAAGAAAAUGGGAAUGACAUAGGAAGCCCUAACUCUGGCAUAAGAAAAGGCAAAAGUGAUAAAGUUAGUUCUUCUAACCAUGGGAAUCGGUCAUGCAAUAGUGUUUUGCCAAAUGGAAACCUAACAGUAAGAGAUUCCUCAGCUGGCACACAGUUUGUUCAAAUCCAGCUACUUCAGGAUGAUUCCCCAGGAGAGGGAGAUUUGCCAUUUCAGCUCAGUUCUCAGUCGUCUUCUUCACAUUCUCAGCUGACAGUUGACUUGCCUGUUCAUAUCCUUCAGGAGCCACACAACUCUACCGAAGAGGAUGCCAGUUCUGAUAAUUCUCAGUUUACAGGAAGUACCAUUAAUUUACAAGACCUUGAAUGAUAGUGCUGCGGACAGAAACAUUCAAGUACAGCAUCCUGAGAAACAGAAGCUUGUUCCUACUUCUGAAGGAAAGAAAUAGGAGUGGGCACACAUCAGUGCUACUUUGUGGCUUGCUUGAUGGUUAUCGUGCAAUGGAAACCUGUUCAGUAAAUUUUAUUUGAUAAGGCUUUGGAGAUCUUGGUAUGUUCUGUCUUGUGGUCAGAAAAAUGUGAUUAUGGAAGCAUUGUUUAGAUUAUGCAGUGGAUGUUUUGAAAUCCUAUAUUAGAAUGGACAUGCUGUGAUUAUACUCCAUACUGUUGUCUUCAAGGACAGUGCUGCAAUAUCAAGUUACACUUGGCAGUGUAAAACCCAUACACAUAAUUAGUGUCCCUAGUUGAAUAUUGGACUUGAGUGGAGGAAGAGCAAUUAAGGCCAUUGAAGUGUUUAUUAUCGAACUGUUUUCUCUGAUAGCAUUGAAUACAAUUUUAAGGAAAUAAUUGCAGAAUGAUAAUACAGUUCUUGGGGAUAGCAGAAGUUGAACCAUAUAGCUCCUUGCUCCUUCCAUCCCUGAUAUGGUGCAGUAUACACUUUCUACCUUUUAGGAGGCUGCCUAGCAGAUGCUAAUUCUUACCCCUUGAAUAUGUUUACAGUAAUACAAAACAGUAUUGCCAAUUCCUGUGAAGUUGCCACUUUCAUUAUAUAUAGCCCAGUCCCCUGCAUGUUUUCUUGGAAAUAAAUUUAUUCCCAAGUUAAUGUGCAUAGGAUUGCACUCUUGGUCCAUGUGCCAUUUACACAGACUAUAUACUUGAGCAAAGAGCUUCCAGCUAGUGUCAUAGGAUGUAAGAUGCAGGUGAGUUACUGACCCAGAAGGAAAGUGCAUAUUUAAUUUAAAUAGGAGCCUGCCUUUUUUACUUUAGUUGAUAGGAAAAUAGUUCUGUAGACCUUUAAAAAGCAAAUGUCAAGAUUUCAGUUGAGCAUAGAAUCUAAGAACUUGGUGUUCCACAACAAACAUCAAGGCUGGAAUUUUAAACAUACUUUUCAUGAUGUGCCGCAAGGCUGUAAAAUUAUAUAUCUAUAUAUAGGACUUUGUUAAAAAGCAGCGUGUGUAUGUAUGAAUUUUUAUUCCUGCAGAGUGUGUGUGCAUAUGCAGUUCUAUUUUUUACACAGUAUGAUAUCCUGCAGAUGAACACAUGUGAUCUGA